UGGUGACGCAGUGAUGUGAUGACAUGGGGACAGAGCGACAUGGGGACACCGUGACACGUUGCCAUGGGGACAUGGUGACACAGGGAGAUGGGGCUAUGGGGACAUGGGGAGCGGUGACACGGGGACGCGUUGCCAUGGUGACAGAGCGAUGUAAUGACAUGGGGACAGUGGGACAUGGGGACACAGUGACACGUAGCCAUGGGGUCACGUUGCCAUGGUGACAUGGGGAGCAGUGACACCUUGCCAUGGGGACAGUGGGACAUGGGGACACGUUGCCAUGGUGACACAGUGACAAGGUGACCUGUUGCCGUGGGGACAUAGGGACACGUUGCCAUGCUGACAUGGUGACACGCUGCCAUGAGGACAGUGUGACAUGGGGACACGUCACGUGGUUACACAGUGACAAGGUGAUCUGUUGCCAUGGUGACGUGGUGACACGUUGCCAUGGUGACACAGUGACACCCCACCCCACCCCCGUUGCCAUGGGGACCGUGUGAGAUGGGGACAGUGGGACACGGUGACACGUUGCCAUGGGGACAGUGUGAGAUGGGGGCACAGUGACACAGUGACCUGUUGCCAUGGCGACCCGUUGCCAUGGUAACGCUGUGUCCCGUUGCCAUGGUAACGCCGUAUCCCCGCAGCGGUGCCAGCAGCGCUGGAGCGGGGACGUGGGGACGCGUCGCCCCGUUGCCAUGGCGACCCGUUGCCACGGUGACAACAGCGCCACGUUGCCAUGGCAACCCUGUUUCCCGUUGCCAUGGUAACGCCGGAUCCACAUCCCCUUAUCGCUGUAUCAGAGCUGCUGGUGCAGAGCAGCUCGGCGGGACGUGGGGACACUGUGCCACCGUUGCCAUGGCAACACCGCGUCCCGUUGCCAUGGUAACGCAGCGUCCUGUUGCCAUGGUAACGCCGCGUCCCCGUCCCUUUCUAGCGGUGUCGGAGGUGCUGGUGCAGAGAUGGACAUGGGGACACUGUCACACAAUGUCCCGUUGCCAUAGUGACCCGUUGCCAUGGUGACGCCGUACCCCGUUGCCAUGGAAACGCCGGGUUUCUCACCUCCCCCGCCCCCAUCCUUUUAGCGGUGUCGGUGGUGCAGGUGCAGAGGGGGACAUGGGGACACGGGGACACAGUGCCACCGUUGCCAUGGUAACGCCGCGCCCCCAUCCCUUUGUAGUGGUGUCAGAGGUGCAGAGCCGGACAUGGGGACAUGGGGACACGGGGACACCGUUGCCAUGGUAACGCCACGUCCCGUUGCCAUGGAAACACCGUGUCCACAUCCCCUUGUAGCGGUGUCGGAGGUGCUGGUGUAGAGCCGGACACGGGGACCCGGGGACACAGUGCCACCGUUGCCAUGGUAACGCUGUAUCCCGUUGCCAUGGGGACAUGUGGACAUAGGGACACUGGGCCACCGUUGCCAUGGUAACGCCUCGUCCCGUUGCCUUGGAAACGCCGCGUCCCCGUCCCCGUGUAGCGGUGUCGGAGGUCCUGGUGCGGAGCCGGACAUGGGGACAUGGGGACAUGGGGACACAGUGCCGCCGUUGCCAUGGUAACGCCGCGUCCCGUUGCCAUGGAAAUGCCGCGUUCCCAUCCCCUUAUAGCGGUGUCGGAGGUGCAGAGCUGGACAUGGGGACAUAGGGACACGGUGCCACCGUUGCCGUGGAAACGCCGUGUCCCCGUCCCCUUAUAGCGGUGUUGGAGGUCCUGGUGAUGAGGGGGACAUGGGGACACGGGGACACAGUGCCGCCGUUGCCAUGGUAACGCCGCGUCCCGUUGCUCCUUGUAGUGGUGUCGGAGGUCCUGGCGCGGAGCCGGACAUGGGGACACGGGGACAUGGGGACACAGUGCCGCCGAUUGCCAUGGUAACGCCGCGUCCCCGUCCCCUUAUAGCGGUGUUGGAGGUCCUGGUGCAGAGGGGGACACGGGGACACAGUGCCGCCGUUGCCAUGGUAACGCCACGUCACCAUCUCCUUGUAGCGGUGUCAGAGGUUCUGGUGCAGAGGGGGACAUGGGGACAUGGGGACACUGUGCCACCGUUGCCAUGGUAACACCGCAUCCCGUUGCCAUGGCAACGCCGCGUCCCCAUCCCCUUGUAGCGGUGUCAGAGGUGCAGAACCGGACAUGGGGACACGGGGACGCAGUGCCGCCGUUGCCAUGGUAACACCGCAUCCCGUUGCCAUGGUAACGCCGCGUCCCCAUCCCCUUGUAGCGGUGUCGGAGGUCCUGGUGCGGAGCGGCACGCGGGCGCUGCGGGACAACGUGGCGGACCUCCGAGCGCAGGUGGCCGCCAACCACAAGGGGGCGACGUUGCUGAGGGAGCUGGUGGCCACCUAUGGGCUGAGCGGCGUCACCGCCUACAUGGAGCACAUCCGGACGAACGCGGAGCGCUCGGUGCGGGCUUUGCUGCGGGGGGCGGCGCAGCGCUGGGGGGCGGUGCUGGAGGCGGAGGAUCGGAUGGACGACGGGACGCCCAUCUGCCUGCGGGUCACCGUGGACCCCGAGGAGGUGAGUGGGGAGGGGGGACCCCUGCGCCCCAUGGCGCCCCAUAGAGCCCCAUAGAGACACAUAGAACUGCACUGCACCCCAUAGAGCACUAUAGAGCCCCAUAGAACUGCAGUGCCCCCCAUGGAGCCCCAUAGA